AUGGAAGAAUUCCAGGAAUACGAAGAUGCAGGCAUUGUCAAUCAGAUGCUUGAAGAAAUCUUCCGUGAAGGUGUAAAACAUGGAUUCCGUCCUCCGCCCCGUCAUCAACCACAAUCAGCUGGAGUCACCGCAUACCAAGCCUCAAACUCUGGGUUAGCAGUGUAUAACUAUAAAAUGUCGGGUCCGGUUUCCGCUUCUUCGCUAUCUUCUCCUCCAAGUGGACGAAAUACGCCAGACGCAGGGCCAGGAGGCGGCGCAUUGGGCACAAACGGUGGUGCAGGCGAUAAUCCACCUACAACUCCACGUCAGAUGUUCCGACGAUCUACAGCAUUGACUCCAACGAGCAGCAGCUAUUCGGGAGCUGUUGCAAGGUAUCCCAUGUUUGGAGGGAGCCCCAUGCGUUAA